UUGAAAACGACGAAACGCUUUGUAGCUUAUACUCGCGUCGUUUACCGAGCGGUGGCAAAAUUUUUGUACGUUGUUCGAAGAAUCGUCAAGUACCUUCGAAUGAUAAGAAAACUGCGUGCGACAAUUUCCCGUAGCUUGCGAGAUCCAUUAUAUUCUUCUUCGAUGAUUUCUACGUCGGUCGAUGACACGCAACACACGUACAACACGCACACGUACACGCACACGCACGUACACACGUGCGCACGCGAAUAUACCGGUCGAUGGAAGUUGGUCGAUCGCUUUUUCAUCUCUGCGACCGUUGCGUAAUUUUAUCGUUCGAUUUUCGCCAAGAGUGCGAAUCGGCGAGACCGAUGCGGACUCGUCGUAGAUCGUUCCAACGAAAGAAACGCGCAUGCAGACUCGCAAUCAGACAGACCCGUUUCGUUACAGAUACUACGGCUCCGUUCACCGUGUUCGGGAUCAACGUUGGUAUCGAAGAUGGCCAAAGCCAAAUCGGAAAUAUCGAGAAACUGUGGACCCGAUCGUCGAACCAAAUCGAUUUAGACAAUAACUUUAAGACGAAGAAGUUUCCAUGUCCGAACUGUGCCUGUGCCUACAGCCAGAAAUAUUCGCUGAACCGGCAUCUCACCUACGAAUGUGGCCAAGAACCCCGGUUCAAGUGCCCUCACUGCGAUUAUCGAUGCAAGAAAUCGGCCAACAUCUACGAACACGUGAGAAGAAGACACAAGGACUGUCGAGUGUACGCGAUCGACGUUCUCAAGGCGUCGUCUCGCGUUUGGUUUGCGCAACAUGGAGACAGCGCAAAUCGACCGCCCAUCGAGCCUCCGCUGCUAAUAAAAGGUUCUUCUGCUCUAACGCUUGUGGCAGCUCGUUUACCCAUCGCGGCUCUCUAACCAGACAUCUGCGUUACGAGUGCCGACAAAAUCCACGUUUCAAAUGUC